AACAUUCACAAAUGACGUAAUGGUUAUAUACGCUCAUACGUUCGAAACAAGUAUUUUCAAGAGAUUUUCAUAACGAUCACCGGAUUAUAACCACCAUCAAACUGGUAAACAAUGAAUUAAAUGAGUGAAACAAAAAAAAUUUCAAACCUAGAGGCGAUACAAUCACCGAUCAAUCGAUUCAGAAAACGACGAAAAAAAACACCAUCUACAACACCGAUCAACGAUUACGAUGGCCACCAUGUUUGGCCUACAUCAUCCAAAUCAAUUAAAUGAUUUGACUGUUGUACAGGCAGCAAGACAUUCUUGUUUACCAACAUCAGCAAGUAAUCUAAUCAUAAAAGAAGAACCAAAUUUUAGUGAAACAAAUAUCCAUUCACAAUUACAUCCACAUCAUCAUCAUCAUCAUCAUCAUUCGCAUCCAGGUUUACGUGUUACCAAUCAUCAUAAUCAUCAUCAUCAUCAUCAUACGGCUUGGAUGUCGAAUACAAUAAUAGCCGAUCAGCCAUCCAAUGUUGGCCUAAGUCGUGCACAUUUCGAAAAACAGCCACCAUCCAAUCUGCGUAAAAGUAAUUUUUUUCAUUUUGUCAUUGCAUUAUUCGAUAAAAAUGGACAUGCCGUCGAAAUUGAACGUACUGCGUUUGUUGGUUUUAUUGAAAAAGAUCAAGAACCAGAAGGUCCAAAAACUAAUAAUGGUAUACAUUAUCGUUUACAAUUAUUAUAUAUAAAUGGUGUACGACAAGAACAAGAUCUUUAUAUUCGACUUAUUGAUUCGGUUACAAAACAGGCCAUAAUUUAUGAAGGUCAAGAUAAGAAUCCUGAAAUGUGCCGGGUACUUUUGACACACGAAGUAAUGUGCAGUCGUUGUUGCGAUAAAAAAAGCUGUGGAAAUCGUAAUGAAACACCAUCGGAUCCAGUCAUUAUUGAUCGAUUUUUUCUCAAAUUUUUUCUCAAAUGUAAUCAGAAUUGUUUGAAAAAUGCUGGCAAUCCACGUGACAUGCGCCGAUUUCAGGUUGUCAUACUGACACAAGUAAACGUCGACAGUAAUAUUCUGGCCGUUUCAGAUAACAUGUUCGUGCACAAUAAUUCGAAACAUGGACGUCGUACUAAGCGUGUUGAUCCAACUGAUGCACCAUUUGCAGCCGCUCCUUGUAUCAAAGCAAUCAGUCCAAGUGAAGGAUGGACAAUCGGUGGUACUACAGUCAUUAUACUUGGAGAUAAUUUUUUCGAUGGUCUACAAGUCGUUUUUGGUAAUGUUACCGUUUGGGGAGAGCUAUUAACUUCACACGCUAUACGUGUACAAACACCACCACGAAAUAUUCCAGGUGUGGUCGAAGUUACAUUGUCCUAUAAAUCGAAACAAUUUUGCAAAAAUGCUCCUGGACGUUUUAUCUAUGUCGCCAUAAAUGAACCAACUAUUGAUCAUGGAUUUACACGAUUAUCGAAAUUGAUUCCACGUCAUCCGGGUGAUCCAGAAAAACUACCCAAAGAAAUCAUAUUAAAACGUGCAGCUGAUCUUGCUGAAGCUUUAUAUAGAAAUACAUCAUCAUUACCGCCACCAAGAUCACCAGUGGCCAGUAUGGCAGCAGCAGCAGCAAUGUCAGGAUUUAAUGCAUACGCAGCUAGUGCAGAUUAUUCUCGACAUCAAACAAGCAGUGUAUCACCUAGUCGAAGUUAUGGAUCAAAUGCAUCGCAAAGCAGUACAAGUAGUAGUGUUACAUCAUCAUAUAAUGGUGGUGGUAAUGGUUCUGCUGCCACUAUAUCAUCAAUGAAUGGUAGUGCGGGUGGUGGAGUCGGUGGUGCUGGUGGUGGAUAUACUACAAGUCCAACAACGAAUAUGACCACUGGUUCACAAGGAUUGUUUAAUGGAAUGAGUGGAAUUGUUGCAUCACCAUUUGCAAUGAGUCCAUUUGCAGCAUUACCAACAUGUAAUGGUCAAUCAUAUCAUGGAUCACCGAUUGUCAGUGCAGCUAAAUAACAACAAACAACAACAAAAAUGUUUUCAAAAUUUUGUAUUAUAAAUCUAUAUAUCAUCCACAUACACAUUAACAUAUUGAUUUAAAAAUUUAAAAAAAACCAAAACUAGAAAAAAAAGACAAAAACAAACCAAUUUACUAAAUUUGUAAAUUAUUUUUCUAACCAAAAAAAAAAAAAGCAAAAAAAUUUUAACCGAAAAAAAGAUUCACUCAAUUGUCAACCAUCAGUACGAGAAUCAAGAAUUUUUUUACAUUUGACAUCCAAUCCAAUCCAAUUCAUCUAUUAUUCCCAUUAUUAUUAUGUGUAAAUAUUAUCCAAUUUAAUCGAAUUAAUUAUUACAAGAAUCAUAUACAUUCAUUAUUA